CCUGGGUUUCCCUUUCCUUUUGCCAAACCCUAGCGGAAGUCCCUCCUGGCCGACAUGUCCUCGAAACGCGCUGCUGCUGAAGCCGAGUCUUCUGCAUCCGACUUCUCGUACGCUUCCUCUUCAUCCGACGAAAAAGGAGAGCAAGAAGAGGAUGUGCGCCUCUCGUCUGUUCCUCAGGUACCCAAGCCCAUGAAGCCCUCCAAGCACCCUUCCGCUGCCACCUCCAGCCACGACGGUGAAGAAGAUGACGACGACAGUAGUAACGAGGAAGACGGCCAAAGAAACAAGCACCAGGGAGACAACGGCAGUGAAGAGGAAGAAGACGACGACGACGAAGGUUCCAGCGAUGAAGGAUCCGACUCUGAUGACGCGAAUACAAUGAAUAAGCCGCUGCCGCCGCCGCCGCCGCCACCACCACCACCACCAAAGCCACAGUUCCAACCACUGCCUAAACCAACGCCUGAGCCGUCGGAUUCUGGUUCCUCUGGUGAUUCUGACUCUGAAUCUGAUUCCUCUGACGAUGCACCUGUUACCCCUGCCUCCCGCCCAUCUCGUGCCGUGGAUCCGUCGAUCAAGCCCAUAAACACCAAGCCUAUGGACACUCCUAACAAGCCGAGCAAGCAAGCCAAUUCCCCUGCUCCUUUGCAGGACCGAGAAUCUCUGAAAAGGAAGCAUGACGUGGUGGAGCGCUCUGAGCUGGAUAAUCAUGGUGGACAGAAGCGCCAAUUGUUUCAAAGACUGUGGAGCUUAGACAAUGAAAUAGUUUUACUUAAGGGCCUGGUGGAGUACCGAAGUAAGAAGGGCACUGUUGCUGCUUCUGCCCAUGACAUGGAAGACCUUCGGAAUUUUAUCAAAGGUUCCUUCCAAACGGAUUUCAGUAACACGCAGCUCGCUGAUAAAGUGAGAAGGCUUAAGAAGAAGUUUGAGACAAAUAAUGCCCGUGCCAAAAAUGGUGCAGACCCAACCUUCACCAAACCCCAUGAGCAGGAUGGGUAUAAGCUCUCUAAAAAAGUUUGGGGAGUUAAUAGGAUAACCUCAGAGCAUCUUGAUGCUAAUAGUGCUGACAGUGAGGACAAUGAAGAAAGCGAGAGUGAGAUGAUGAACAUUCGGAAAUCAAACGAGCAGCAGUUGACCUCUCUUGUUGUGUCAAAGUGCCAUGAUGCUAUUGUUUGUGAGAGUGGGGAUAUUGUAAGGGUUAAGAUUCAGUUUCCGUACUUGUGGGAGACAGUAACCAAAAUGGCAGAUGAGUAUUUGUGUGGGAUAGCCAUCAAGAGGGCCCUAGAGAUGGUAGAUGUUGCCAAGGCAAAAUCGAUGGAAGAAAAGCUUAAAAAAUUAAAAACAACUCAGAUGAGGCAGCACUUGCGAAGGAUUGAUCUGAACAAGGAGACAGUGAAGCUUAUUCUUGAUGCUAUAGGGAGAUCAAAGUGAAUUGCUUCUUCAAGAACGUGUGCUGCCUACAGCGUAGGGAAGUACAAUGAGUGAUGGGAAGAUCAAUUUAACUGGCCCUUUUAUUUUGUGCUUGAUGCUGUCAAGGGGAAUGCUGAUAUGAUGCAACCCUUAAGCCAUCGUAGGCCAAGGAUUGAACUAUUGCAAUGCUUUGAAUGAGGAUUGACAUUUCGGAUAACUGGAUCUGUAUCUGUCUAUCGCCAGACCGGUAUGGUUCUGGUCUGUGCUGGUGUACUUGUAUGCCAGCUAGUACGUACUAUGGUACCAUGAGGAGGCAGUUCUUUUCGGCCUUUGGACAAAUGGCAAAAACUUAGGCAGAACAAUUAGGUUGAUCAUCCAAAGUUCCUAUCCACUAAUGCACGUUAUCCUUUGGACCUUAUUUUUCAACAUUUGCAUCCAUGUUCCUGUUUA